ACAAGUGGCUUGGCUCAUUUUCUUUUCCUUUAAUGAUUAAUCAAAACACCCAAAUUAAGCUACCUUUCCCCGAUUUCAUUUUCAACACUUCUGAAAUGAAAAUAAAAUAAAAAUAAGAGAGAUAAACUUCAAGAACAUUCCAUAUCCUUCCACUCACUAGGAUCCUAUGUUGGUCAAUGGAAACCACCAUGAACACCACCCUUGCUCCACCAAAAACCCCAGCUCUCCUCCCUCUCUUGGGUUUUCUCUCCUCUACCAACAGUACCAUUCGCAUCCCCCUCCAUUUUCGGUGCUCUGUCCAAGCGCCGCCGCCUCCACUGGUGGUCGUAGACAAGGCACAAAAUUGCCGGCGUCGCCGGAGAGUGGUUGUUGCCGGUGUUGGUGCCACUUGUGUCGUGCUUCGAUCGCUGUUGGUUGGUGGUUAUUGCCGAUGUGUGUUGUCGUUGUGAAUUGUCCUUCUCUGCCUUGUGCUGCUAUGCUUCUCCUCUCCAUCUUUGGUUAAUAAAGAAAAAGACAAAGAAGAGUCAAUGAAGAAGAUACAAUUUAUAAGGUAUGGCUAUAUAAGAUUAUUUUUGGGCCCAUUAUAUAUUUACUUGUCAAUUGUGAUAUUGAAGGCCCAUUGUAUCAAGUAAUUACGGUUCUUAAGAGGAGAAUUAUUAAUUAAGGUUGUCAAUUCAAUUGCUAUGGAUCAAGUUAAUAAUUCAUUGAUUACCGUUGUUGUGAGGUGAAUUGUCAAGAAAUGGUUAUGGGUUUCAAUAGAACAAGUGUGAUGAUCAAGUCAAGUAUUAUGGAUUCGUGGAAUAAUAACUAUUGUGAAGGGAGUUGAUUAAGAUUCAUUUUCAGUGAUUUUGCAGGUAUUGGGAAGGCUCAGAUAUAGAUCAAGGAGGUGAAUGUGGAAGAAACUUAUUGUCUGGAAUAUUGUGAGAGAUCCAUGGAUUUGUAAUAGUUUGAGUUGUCUUUGUUUAGAGAAUUUCAAUUGUGGGAAUUAAUUCAGGUUUAUCUCGUAAUUUAUUAGUCAGUGAUAAGUAUGUCUAAUUAGCAGCUCAAAAGAGCGGGCUGUUAUAGGUGGUAUCAGAGUCAAGGUUGAUUUUGGGUCUGCCAUGAUCUUCAUAUCAUAGCGUAUGAGAUGAAAAUAAGUUUAUUGGGUUUAUUAAGAGUCAAUGAGAAUAUGAGUUACAUCUGGGAUGACAAACUCGAAGACUUUUGUCUUCAAAAGAGGAAUUAUUGAAUUGAAAUGAAGAUCUAGAUUGAUGAUAUUUGGCUUGUGGAAUAUCUAUUUGGGAAUUUGAAAUUUAGGAAUUAAUUGUUAUAUUCUAAACAUAUGUUUUUGGAAUUAUGGUGAUUUCAUUGGCAUUAAGGCAAGAAGUGUUAGAGGAUUUAAAUUGGGAUUAUAGACAUUAGUUUGGUUAUUGUAGACACCUAAUUUGUGUCUCCCCUUUGGGAUGAUGACGAUACCAUUAUCCUUACUAGGUGAUUGGAAUAACUCCAGGCGGAAAUCCCAAUUGCUAAGAAUACUUCCAAAAUUCAAGAUCCAAAAUCCAACCCCCGAGACCGUUCCCCUUUCGGUUCUCGGUACAAAAUACAACUUUCCAAAUCCAAUUUCAAAAUCCAAGUACAAUCUCAUCUAGUAGACCAUCCCAUUGGUUUUACUAGGCCUUUUCCACACAAAAAAACGUAAGGCAACUCAAAUUCGGGCGCCGACCCACAAAACCGAGCAUGUCUGGCCCCGUCCCGUAAAACCGGAAUUCAAAACCCGAGAAAGGCUUGUUUUUAGACGCUAAAUGAUGCCUUAACCUCCAAGAAAAUACAAAACGCCAAACGUAGUACUAUUCGUACAACAAGUACAACACUACAAGACGAAACAAGGACGGAGCCCGCGUCCUUGCUUUGGCGGCAUUCAAGCCACGUCAGCAGCGCACUGCGCUGGUCCAGCGCCCUGCGCUGGCGUGUGCUGGCACCUUGCACCCAUUCCCCCUAUAAAUACCACUCAUUUUCAGCAUAAUGAGGAGGAGAACAACAAUACAACGUCGUAAUUUUGACAUUACGCCUCAAAAUACAACUCAAAAAACUCCUCAAAAACACAUACAAAAUUCCUAAAUUCAAAAGCAAUUGGGAGCUCUUGCCUAAACCUAACUAGGUAAAUCCGAAUCCCAUUCUAAUCAACUAUGUUGCUUUGAUUUCAAAAUGAUUAGCAAGUUGGUGUUUUUUUUAAUCAUUAAAAACACCACUUGCAACAAUCAUACAUGUUUUCCAAAAAUACAAACUUUUUCAAAAUACAAAAUGCAAACUUUCAAGAUUCAAGGAUGUCCAAAGUUGUUUACAAUCACCUCUUUGGACUAGAAUCACCUUCAAAUGUGGGGUAAUCAAAGAUGACACCUUUUAACAUUUAAAGGUUUAGUCUUUUGAGAUUCAAAACUCCAUUUUUCAAUAUACAAGUUCAAGUUUUCAAUUUUCAAGAUCUCACCAUGUUUAGGGUUGUUCAUGGUUACUUCCCUAAACUAGGAUCCUUUCAAGUUCAAAUUUCAAUUAUUUCAAGUUCAAAACUUCAAUAUUCAAGCUUUCAAGUUCAAGUUUCAGAUGCAAAAUCUAGGAUAUUUGGGUUGAGCAACCUCUCCCAAGUUGAGAUUUUUGGCUUUGAAUUCGUGUCGGGCGCACUUAUUUUUAAGGAGUCGCUUGGCGUUCGAAUCUCAUGUGCCCAAGUACAAAUUUCAAUUAUGCACCCUUCAAUAUCGCACCUUUCAAUACCGCAAUUUCAAUAUCGCACUUUCAAUACCGCGAUUUCAAUACCGCGAUUUCAAUUCCGCACUUUCAAUUCCGCAUCUUUACUUGCCUAGUCCAUUUCUAGGCAAUGUGGACCUACUCCUUAGUCCUUUUCUAGGGGGUCUUGUAUUUACUAAAUCCGCACUUCAUUUAGUAUUGUGAUGUUGUUUUAUUUGCUUUAUUGCUUUCGUCACCGCACAUGCUAAAUACAACAAAGUACAAAGGUUACAUCACGCUUAACAAAGAUAAUUUUUUGGACAAACCGGCCUUAGGUUCCUUAAAUCAAUCUUUAAAGCAAAGUGACCACCAUACAAUUAGAGAUUCUAUUUGCUCUAAAUUCAAACCCACAUAGUCUAAUCUAGGGUAUAUUUUCGAAAAAAUGUUGUGCCAACGUACUUGAAUAUUUCUAAAGCUCGCGGAAUAAGCAUUUUGUUCCCGUGCCCGGAUCUCACCCAUCCGUUUCGAGGAUUCAAAGUCUUAUCCAAAAUAGAGUCACUUGCGGUCUUUCCGAACGAGACUUUAAACAAUGUUUGGUGGCGACUCCUUCGAGGUACAAAAAUUCUAUGGUUUUCUAAAGAACCGCCCCUCUUGUAGAACGGGAAACAAGUAUUGCACAAAAAACCCCCUACAGUUAUGUAUUUGGAAAUGAUGGAUUAAGGAUAUCAAAUUCCAUCGCUCAUAUUGAAUAACUAUAAAUAGAGAUUAGAAUAGAUUGUUCGAGGUAUGUAAUUAGAGUCUGGUUAAGCUGAUUAUAAAAUAUAUUGUUCUUUACACCAUCUCCUGAUCAAGUAUUCCAGUGUGUUGCGAUUUUCAAUCUAUAUAUGUGUUCUCCUUUUUCUUUAAUCAGGUUGAGUAUCGUUAAUCCCCAAUCCAUUCAUUGCAUUCGAAAUCUAAUACUCAUAUACGACUCGUAUCUGUGAAAGUGUUCAAAUUACCUUGGUCUAUUCCAUACACUGUAAUUUGAAGAGAUAUAAUUUCAAAAUAGUAGGUAUUUUAUUCUCAAAUGAUCUAAAGUUUAUGUUUUGAAGUUUCGAGGACGAAACUUAUUCUACGGGUGGUAGAAUGUAAUAGCCCAAAAUUUUAAGCAGCUUUUAAUUAAUUGAUAAAUAUAUUUUAUUAGUUAAAUUGAGUGUUAACAUUUCGUAUAAAUGUUUUUAAGAGGUAAUAGUUCAUUUUGUAAUUGUAUUUUUAUGAUUAUUCAACAAAACUCUUAUCACCUUAUUUUAAAUACAUAUGAGGUGUCUCAAAUUAUGUUUAUUAGUGGACAAGUGGCUUGGCUCAUUUUCUUUUCCUUUAAUGAUUAAUCAAAACACCCAAAUUAAGCUACCUUUCCCCAAUUUCAUUUUCAACACUUCUUAAAUGAAAAAAAAUAAAAAUAAGAGAGAUAACCUUCAAGAACAUUCCAUAUCCUUCCUCUCACUGGGAUCCUAUGUUGGUCAAUGGGAACCACCAUAAACACCACCCUUGCUCCACCGAAAACCCCAGCUCUCUUCCCUCUCUCGGGUUUUCUCUCCUCUACCAACAAUACCAUUCGCAUCCCCCUCCGUUUUCGGUGCUCUGUCCCAGCGCCGCCGCCUCCACUGGUGGUCGUCGACAAGGCACAAAAUUGUCGGCGUCGCCGAAGAGUGGUUGUUGCCGGUGUUGGUGCCACUUGUGUCGUGCUUCGAUCGCUGUUGGUUGGUGGUUAUUGCCGAUGUGUGUUGUCGUUGUGAAUUGUCCUUCUCUGCCUUGUGCUGCUAUGCUUCUCCUCUCCUUCUUUGGUUAAUAAAGAAAAAGACAAAGAAGAUUCAAUGAAGAAGAUACAAUUUAUAAGGAGGUGAUUUCUAGUUGAGUGCUCGUUAUUGCAAAGUGGCCCCUACGCUUAGGUAUUCAAGGAAUUAAGGAUGCUACCUUCUAAGUUCACCAGUCUAGGAUACUUAGAGAAGAUGGAUAAUGAGACUCCUCGCACGUAUGUUCAGAAGAUCGUGUUUGCUUGUGACUAUUUGGCUUCGACCAAGAAUAUGCCCCACCUUAGGCACAAAGAUAUGAUGGCUAGUAUGAUUAUACAUUGUUUACCCCAUAAGAACCCUUACAUAGACCUCAACAAUAGGUUCAGUGACAUGCAUUAUGGUGAUGGUACCCCUAAUUGGUACAAAUAUGGGACUAGUGAUGGUAGGUGGAAGUAUGAUUCUGAGGUUCUUGCUACUAUCCUAGAGGUUGCGGAAAUUAGCUAUGAGGAUGGAAAGUAUUCUGCGGGUCUAGGUAUGGGCUAUGGAGGAAUAGAAAGUGAUGGUGAAGAUGGCAUGAUCCAUGAUGAGCAAGCUAGUGAUGUUGAGGAGGAUAGUGAUGAUGAUGUAGUAGAGAUUGAGAAUCCUAACCCUAUAAUUCCUGAACCAACCAUUGAGAUAUCCAGUGGAUCUGAAGAUGAGCUUGAAGAGAAUAAUGUGGUUGAUAGUGAGCCACAGCAAAAUGAUGAGGCUAUGGAUGAAGACUCGGAUCCGGAAGAAGACUUGGAUGAUCCUAAUGAUCAAGACUUUACUCCAGAGCAAUACAAGGAAAGAAAUGAUCGUCGUGAUGACGUUAGUCUCUAGAGAAAUGUAAUCCUUAGUUUUAUUUUUUAUUUUUUUUCGUUGAUUAAUAAAGUGGCAAAGCUACUAUUUAUAGUUUUAGUUUAUUAUAGUUGGAGAAUAAAUGUUAUGGCAUUAGUGGAUGUAAGACUUAUUCAUUGGAGUUUUAAUAAAAGAAUAGAAUUUCCAUUUUCGUUA